AUGACUUUCAGCACAUUAGCACCAGGACAAUUGGCCAAAAACAGUUCAAUUGCGGUGAUUGGAGCCGGCCCAGUGGGCGCAGGUUUGACCAAAGCUUUGAUUCACGAACAAUGGUUUGGCAAGAUCAAAGUUUUUGAGAAGCGAAAGAACUUCGGAGGCCUUUGGAACUAUACCAAGCCCGUUUUCAAAAAAUUGAAUGUCACUUCGUGCCCUGCCAUCCCAUGCGAAACACCACACGGUAAAAAUGAGCCGUACGUAAGCCAAGAAAACGGUGUUUUGUUCCAGACCGCGACCUACAAGUAUCUAGACACCAACGUCCCCAAAUUUUUGAUGGAGUACGAGAAAUUUCCCUUUCCAGCUGGAACUCCGCUGUUUCCCUUGAGAGAACAGGUACUGGACUACAUUGUCGACUAUUCCAAAGACGUGGGGCAUCUUACGGCCUUCAAUCAUGAAGUUAUCACGCUAGGCCACAACGAUCUCAGUAAGAAGUACCAAGUCUCCACGAGGAACUUAGUCACAAACGAAGUUGAAACCGAAGAAUUUGACGCUGUCGCCAUUGCUUGCGGGUUUUAUGAUCUCCCUUACGUUCCUGACCGCCCCGGUCUGAAAGAGUGGCAUGAAAAAUUCCCUUCAUCAGUAUCGCACGCCAAGGAUUUUGACUGCCCAGAGGACUACGAAGGCGUUAAGGGAGAAAUUCUUGUUAUUGGCAAUAGUGCUUCCGGCUCUGAUUUGGCAUUCGAACUAGCUACCCAUUUGAAAAGGACCAUUUACAAAAGCAAACGGUCAGAAUCGUUGAUGCCAGUUGGUUUUGACCAUCGCAUUAGCGAUGUGUCUGACGUAUUGAAAUUUGAUCCAAACACCAAGACCGUACAUUUUGUUAAAGGAGAAAGAGUCGAAAAUGUGGACAAGAUCAUCUUCUGUACAGGGUACUUGAAAUCUUUGCCUUUUUUACCCAAAAGCUCGCAAUCCAAUUCAAAAGGCAAUUCAACCCUAGCUUCAUUGGUCACCAAUGGCAAACGUGUGAACAACCUAUUCAAUCACAUUCUUCCUUACAACCUGCCAACGCUGGGUAUUAUCGGGUUGCCUAAAUAUGUUCUGCCUACGCGUCUCAGCGAAACUCAAGGUGCAUGGCUUGCCAGGGUAUGGAGUGGUCGCAUCAAGCUUCCAUCUAUGAAGACUAUGUUGUUCUACGACAAAUGGUUUUUGGAUCUCAAUGGUGACAAUGGUACGUACCACGAUUUGAAAUUCCCCAUGGAUGUUCAGUACUCACAAAGGCUCAACAGGGAAAUUCGUGACGCUGGAAGUGACGGAUAUUUCGGUGUGGAGUGGACCAGUGACCAAAUCAAAAUCAGGAGCUCAAUUCAGCCUUUAAAAGAGGGAUAUCUAGCGUACUUCAAAGAGAAAGGGAAAAGAGCGAUGAACAUCGAUGAACUUAUCGAAGAGGGCUACUUUCAGUGGCCUCAAGAUGCUUUGACAAGCGUGGAAGUUCCUGAAACUGUGCCAUGA